GUGAGCCCAAGUGCGCCCUCCUCACCCACCGGGUUGCCGGUUUAGACGCCGACGACUCGUCCAUGCUACAGGUUGUACCACUUCCCAUGAUAUGCUGUGAGACCUCCAACUUCUGAAAACCUUGUGCAUUUACGGAGAAGGAACUCGCAAUAAAAGUGUUAAAAGGCAGAAAAUAUUGAGAAAAAAACAAGGAAAAGAGAAAUAGAAAAGAAAUAGAAAACAGGAAGUGUAGUCCAAAGCCGGGUCUUUGGUCGCAACGAUUUUUAGUGGGAAAGAGCCCCUUUUUUAGGUCAGUGUUAUUCUUAUUGUUUUUCAGUCCUGAAAAUAAGAAAUACCAAAGGACUGAUUACCAAAUUUCCUAGAUAUAUAAAGUCAGUGUGGAGGAAAGAAGUGCCCCUCAACACUCCCGCAGAAGAGGUCUCGCUUGGACGGCGCCAUGAGCUUCUUCGCCGGGAGGAGGCAAUAGGCGGAGGUUCCCCAUCGCACUCCACCAAUCAGAGACGACGCUCGGUGAUGGAGCUUCCAACAGUCAAGAACUCGCAGCCAAUGGCCGUCUUCCAAUUAACGGUCUUUGUUUUCCUUUUCAUUGGUAAAGGCUCGGUGGCGGGCAUGCAGAAGUUCCUGGUGCGGCCGGAGAGCGCCGAAGUGAAGGAGGGCCAGGAUGUGCUGCUGAGGUGCGCCGUGGACAACCAGAAGGGCAAAGUGCAAUGGACCAAGGACGGCUUCGCGCUCGGGUUCGAGCGCCACGUGCCCGGCUACCCACGGUACCAGUACACAGGCGACCCGGAACUGGGCGAGCACAACCUAGUGAUCAAGGGCGUGACACUGACUGAGGACGGCGAGUACCAGUGCCAGGUCGGUCCGACCAACGACAACCCUCCGAUAUGGGCGGCCGCCAACGUCACUGUCUUACGUGAGUAUCAUGGGCGGGAGGAUAUGUGGCCGUUAGAAGUGGGAAUAUUGUCAGCAGAAAGAGAUGAGGAGUAUGCGGUAUAA